AUGAUUCUCGGUCGUCGUUUAGUAUAUGCUCUUUUACUUUUAGGAUCCGGAGCCAUUGGGUCUCUUGCUAAAACCAGUCCUAUUAUUAUCAAGGGAAACGCAUUCUUUGACUCUGAGAGUGGUGAGAGAUUCUAUCUUCGUGGUGUAGACUAUCAGCCUGGUGGUUCUUCUUCAUUAGUUGACCCGUUGGCUACCAAUUCGUGCUUAAAAGAUGUCGAAAUCUUUAAGAAAAUGGGGGUCAACACCAUCAGAGUAUAUCAAGUGGAUAAUGCUGCUGAUCAUGAUACUUGUAUGAAGGCUUUCGAGGAAGCUGGAAUCUAUGUCAUUCUUGAUCUUAACACUUUUCGCCAUUCGAUUUCAAGAGCUGAUCCAGCCAUAUCUUACAAUAAAGUUUAUUUACAACACGUAUUUUCUACUGUGGAUGCUUUUAAAGACUAUGAUAAUGUGCUUGGCUUCUUCUCUGGCAAUGAAGUCGUAAAUGACCAUGAAACGACAGCCAUUACUUGGGUCAAAGCUACAACUAGAGAUGUCAAGGCUUACAUCAAGAAACAUGCUAGUAGACAAAUCCCAGUUGGUUAUUCUGCAGCGGACAUAGCUGAAAAUAGACUUGAGUUGGCUCAUUACUUCAACUGCGGAAAUGAAGAAGAACGUGCAGAUUUUUACGCUUUUAACAUGUAUGAAUGGUGUGGCCAUUCCAGCAUGAGCGUUUCUGGAUAUUUUGAUCGCAUUAGAGAGUUCAGCAACUAUUCCAUUCCUCUAUUUUUGUCUGAGUUUGGUUGCAACACUGUUGAAAUCUUUGAAGAUCAAACACCAAAUCGUCCAUUUACGGAAAUUGAGGCCAUCUAUUCCCCUGAAAUGACUGAAUCGUUUUCUGGAGGAUUGGUAUACGAGUACUCCGCUGAACCGAAUAACUAUGGUCUUGUUAUCAUUGACGAUAAUGAAAACCGCAAGAUAUCUAAGAAUUGUGUCACAUUGAUGAAGCAAUUUCAAAAGGUACCAAAUCCAAAGGGAGAUGGAGGUUACCGAGAGAAUUCCAGUCCAAGUGAAUGCCCUAGAAACUCUACCUAUUUUCAAGCAUGGGAUGUUUUGCCUCCUAUGCCCAAAGAAGCUAAAAUUUAUUUGGAAGAGGGCGCUGGAGAACCGUUGGGUAUUGAUGGACCUACAAAUAUGUGGUCUCCUUAUCAUCAUCAUGAUGGAAAUGAAUAUACUGCUCCUAAGCGUCCCAAGGUUAAGCCAGCAUCAAAUACUACAAACAGUUCAAAGGCUAACCUUCCAGACAAGGAAGAACAGGAGGAAGAAGAAAGUGCAUCUUCAAGAGUCACCUUCACACUGGUACAACUUAGUUUGGUAUUACUGGUCUCAAUGUUUAUCAAAUUCUAG